GGCGGUCGUGAUUACCAAUGUGAGAAAGAAAGAGAGGGAUUUGACCGGACACCGGGAUGCAACCGGCUAAAAAGGAAUACAAGGCAAAUGGGACCUCUGUUAUUCUCUAUAAAUCUCUCCGCUGCAUGCUUCCCAUCAAAGAGACACUUCUUUCAUUCACCUUCUUCUCUCACUUCUAGAGAGAGAAACUAAAAGGGCAAUUAUGGAAUGUGGAGGAAGUUCAGCCGCCGCUGGAGGAGGAGGAGGAGGAGGCGGCGGCGGAGAUGGGUUCCAUAGCUACAGAAGGCAACACUCUAAGCCAACCUCUGGGUUGAACCACCACCUCACAAACGGUGCAACCGCCACUGGCAACUCCCCUGCUACCUGCCACGUGCCGGUCACUGGUGCCAACAACGAGCAGAGCCAACAAUGCAUGGUGCGAGAGCAAGACCAAUACAUGCCGAUUGCUAAUGUGAUACGCAUCAUGCGACGAAUCUUACCCUCUCAUGCCAAGAUAUCCGACGAUGCCAAGGAGACCAUCCAAGAAUGUGUAUCAGAGUACAUCAGCUUCAUCACUGGAGAAGCUAACGAGCGAUGCCAACGGGAGCAGCGCAAGACAGUGACAGCAGAGGAUGUCCUUUGGGCUAUGGGGAAGCUCGGCUUUGACGACUACAUUGAGCCACUAACUAUGUUCCUCAACCGAUACCGUGAGUCGGAGAGUGAUCGAGUUCGUACUGAGCCGAUCUUGAGGCGCAAUGUGGAUUAUGUGCCACAAGUGGGGAUGAUGCCACCGUACGGGCAAGCGUUUCCAUUGGGGCACACCUCGACAGGGAUGUUCGAUGCAAUGGGCGGAUAUUACGGUGGAGGUAGGAGUGGCGGGACGAGCUCUGGAAACGGUAAUCAGCUUUGAUAUGAGUUUGAAGUAGAAUAGCAAUUUGUAAUCAAGGCUAUGUAAUGAAUAAAUAUAAGAAGUAAGAAGUGAACGUGACCCAUUUGCAUGAUGAGAAUAUGUAAAUUUAUGAUAAAA